ACCAUCAUCAGGGUGAAGAACUAAAAGACAUCAAAGAUGAGAUUAAGGAGGAAGAAGAAGAGAGGUUGGUGAGUGGAGAUCAGCAGUCUGUGGAGGAUGGUUGUCCUCUGGAUUCCCACAAUUCUACACAGGAAGAUCUCCAAUAUACAGAGAAUGGGAGAUCAGGAGAUCAGAAUGAAGAACGGAAAGACAUCAAAGUUGAGGAUAAAGAGGAAGAAGAAGAAGAAAGGUUGGUGAGUGGAGAUCAGCAGUCUAUGGAGGAGGGGGAGAUGAUUAUGGAAAGUAAACAGGAGGAAUCUUCUCUACAUAAGGACACAACAGAUGACCAUAAUGUCCGGAAUACGUCUGAGGAAUCUUCUGAUAAAUCACAUACCAGGACUCUAAGAUCUCACAGUAGAAAUACUUUAAUAGAUCCGUCUAUUCCCGAGGAAUCUUCUUCAGGGCAGGAAGGAGAUCACACAGAAGAGAGGCCAUUGUCAUGUUCAGUGUGUGGGAAACUUUUCACAAAUAAGAGAGACCUUCUUAAACACAAGAAACGUCACACUGCUGAGCGUCCCUAUUCACGUUCAGAGUGCGGGAAAUGUUACACUUGCAAAGAAAACCUUAUUUUACACCAGUACAGUCACACGGGUGAGCAUCCAUUCUCAUGUUCAGAGUGUGGGAAAACUUUCGGGUCGAAAGGAAACCUUGUGUCUCACCAGAGAAUUCACACAGAUGAGCGUCCUUAUUCAUGUUCAGAGUGCGGGAAAUCUUUCUCACAGAAAGGACCAUGUUUAUUAUCAUUAAUUAUAAAAAUUUUGAAUCUAUCUUAGUUUUUAUUGCUUGUUAACCACUUGAAGACCCCAAUGUUAAAUCCCAUUCCUGUCAAGACCAUUUUUUAGUUUUCAGCACCAUGAUACUUUGACUGACAAUUACUCGGUCAUCCAACACUGUACCCAAAUGCCAAAUUAAUUUUAUAUCAGAGACUUGUAAAGCUUUCUUUUAGUUGUGUUCUUUCACUACUUUUACUAUACAAUAUAAUGGAAAAAGGACUGAAAAGUUUGAAUAAAAUGCAUUUUUCUUA